GACUCGUCGAAAUGCGCGCUUUGGCCGGCCGCGCUGGCAGGCCGUGAUCGGCGCGCGAGUGUGUGUGUGCGCGUGUGCUCAGCCGGCCGUGCAAGCAGCAGCGAGUCGACCGCGGACCAUGGGUUCCGGCGCCUGAGGCGGCGUCACGCGCGAGCUUGACCAGCGGCCAGUGCCCGCUGCCCGAAACGCCCGCAAACGCGCACGCCUAGCGUGCGCGCGCGCGCGCGCGCGGCAGCGCUUUCGUUUGGUGCUGCGACCUCGCGGCGACGCCGGGAGCUACUCAGUGAGCCAUGCUAGCCGCCCUGGCCGGGUUGUGGCUCUGCGGCGUCUGGUCGGGUUUCGGAUCCGCGGCCCUGACCAGCAAUGAAGUCACCGACAACCUGCUUGUGGAUACACUUGGGCUCAGCAGCAUCGAACCGCGGUACCUGAUGCUGGCGCCCCGGGUGGUUCGUCCCAACCAGGUGUACCGGGUGACGGUGACGCUGCUGUCGGCGAGCGCGGCACACACGGUGCGCGCUUCGCUGCAGCGCGAGGCCGAGGAGGUGGCCUCGGCCAAGGAACUCGUCGCCUCCGGGCAGACCGCCGUGCUGCUCAUGAAGGUUCCGCAGAAUGCCAAACCGGGCCAAUACAAGAUGCGCGUCGAGGGUAACAUCAACGGCGUGCUGGGUGGUACUGGUUUCCUUCAAGAGCAGGACGUUGAAUUCCAAGCCCAAUUCCUCACCAUCCUCAUCCAGACGAAUCAGUUCGUCUUCAACUUCGAGCAGUCCAUUAAAGCCAGAAUUGUGCUUCUCACGACUGAACUGAAACCAUAUGCGGAGCCAGUGGAUGUCUACCUCACGGAUUCUCGGGGCAUUGUGAUGAAGCGGUGGCUUUCUCAGUACCCAUACCUUGGCUUCAUAAAGGUCAACUUCGACCUUCCCUAUGACUACGCGGUGGGCUGGUGGAGCAUCAAGGUGGUAGUGCUGAGCCAAGUGGAGGAGCGCAAGAUCCUGCUCGAGCGCUGGUUCACCGAGCGCUACGACGUGUACGUGACGGUGCCGCCGUUCGUGCUGGACACGGACGAAUACUUUGAGGGCGACGUGUCGGCGAACUACACGACCGUGGCACCAGUUUUCGGAAACGCCACCAUUCGCGCUUACGUGCGCCCCACCAUGGUGCAGAACUACGACCCAGGCUUGCAGGUCGUGGAGCCCUACCUCGAGGAAUACGUGCAUGAUUUCCGGAUGGGCUACCAGUUCAAGUUCCCCAUGUCCGAGCUUCGCGAGUUGGCAUCGCCCCACCCACUCGACAAAUGUGAGAUAGAAAUAAAGGCUGCGGUGGGCGAACGUUUCCUGGACAUCAUCGUUGAUGGCUACGCACGCUCCCGCGUCAUCAAUUCGUCACUCAGCCUAAAGAUACUCGGCGUGAAGCCACUUGUCUUCAAGCCGGGCAUGGUGUUCUCCAUAUACAUUGCCGUGACAUACCACGACUUGGUCAAGCUGCCUGAGGAGAAACUGGCCAGCUCCAACAUCACGGUCAGCUUCACAUCGCAGGGCGGCGGUCGGGGCAUAGAGGAAGUCGAGAAGCAGCCCGACGAGCAAGGCAUGGCCGUCAUCGAAGUGGAGCCGCCCGAGGGUGUCGAGCGCAUCGUAAUCAGGGCGAGAUAUCAUGAUAAAGAAGACUCAGUGGAAACAGAAGCACUUGCAGUUGCUCAGCAUUCACCAAAGAAGAAGUACAUACAGAUAACUACCAGCACGACGAAUGGCAUUGCUGGCCAGUACGCUAUAUUCCACGUGCGCACCAACUUUUACAUCAAGUUCUUCCACUAUUUGGUGAUUGCCAAGGGAACUGUGCUCCAAUCUGGUGUGCACAAAGCCUACGGUCUGGUCCAGACGAUAACCGCAUUCAGCAUUCCAUUGUCGCCCGAGAUGGCGCCGGCUGUGAAGGUGAUGGUGUACCAGAUAUCCAGCAACGGUGACCUCACCGCUGACGCCAUCAUUGUUCCUGUCCAGGGUAUCAACAGAGGAAACUUCUACAUGUGGAAGAACCUCAAGCAAGACCGAUCAAACAACUUGAUUGAACUGGUUCCGACCUAUUCUCCGGAAACUGUAGCCGGUCUCAGCGGCCUGGACAGCGACUUGGUGGCUGUGCAGGGAAAGAACGAUCUGACGCUCACGUCGGUCAUCGAAACCCUGUACCACAUGGAGGACCACUGGGGAAGCCACGUGCGCGCCGUGUGGCGGGACCGCGACGGGAAACCAGACAAGGCGGAAUACUACGUCACGCAAAACUUCGCUCCAGACGUGAACAAGACGUUCGCGUUCGCAGGGCUAAUUGUGUCCACAAACCUGAAUGUCACAACCCUUCCAGACGUGUGCAACGAGACUGCUGGGAUGCUCCCAUGUGUAAACGGCGAAUGCUAUCCAAAGAGUGGACGCUGCAACGGAUACAAAGACUGCUACGAUGGAACGGACGAGGGAAACUGCGAGAAGGACGACUUGGAAGACCAAAGUCUGUUCGAGUUUUUCUUGUACAGGCAAAAUCGCUUUAACAACUUCUUUGACGCUACAGGAAGCAAUUUCGCCUGGCACCAUGCAAUUACCGGCAACUUAAAGGACAUAUAUAUGUCAUGCCUUGUGCCUAAGGGUCCAACGUUGUACAUGUUCAAUGCUAUUGCUGUCAGCAGACUGCACGGCUUUGCCAUCCUUGAGGAGCCGAUCUACCACAACAGCUUGCGGCCUUUCUUCAUGACGUACGAAGCACCUUCAACGGCUGUCAUUGGAGAGCAGAUUGGUAUACGUGUGGUCCUCUUCAAUUACCAGAACUACUUAGUUCAAGCUGAACUUCGAGUGCUGGGGUCUGAAGACUACCGGUUUGUGCAAGUCGGACCUCUGGGCCGAGUCGGGUCUUACAGCCCCGUGACCACCAAGGGUGAACAGCAGCAUGUUGUUUACAUCCAGCCUUUCAACCACAUCACCAUACACGUUCCCAUUGUCUCAGUGAAGAUUGGAGAGGUGGAUGUGGGCAUUGUGGCCAAAACACAAGUAGCCCACGAAGAGGACACUAUUACCAUCAACUUCCUCCCCGACGGCGUGCCCUUGCGAAUGCACACGUCCAUGCUCAUGGACCUGCGAGCGCAGGCGUACAACAUCAAGUUCCUCGAUCUCAAUGUUACCGAGGACCCCAUCAUCCCGUUUGAGAGCCAGUAUCGGCGCUACCUCUUCGGCUCACCUGCCGCGCACGUGUCGGUCAUAGGAGACAUUGUUGGAACACCUUUGGACGGAGACGUGGAACCGGAGGAUUUCGGAUUCUCAAUUGCCACAAAAUCGGGCGAGCAUGCCAUGUUCAGUUUUGCCUAUCAAGUUAUUCGGCUGACCUAUUUGCGUCUCACUGACCAGCUGACUCGUGAGAUCGCAAAGCCCAUCUUUGAGAAACUGAACAAAGCCUACGUUUAUCAGAGUUCCUACUUCAAGAACGGUGCGUUCACCAUGUUCAAGAAGGAGCCCAGUGUUUGGCUGACAGCGUUCAGCUUGCGAAUGUACAUGCUGGCGGUGUUCCCGGACUGGGAGCACGACAUCUACAUCGACCCGCGGAUUAUCACGGAAGGAGUCCACUUUCUGCUCAAGUACCAGGAUACCAACGGAGCUUUCUACGAGACCACCCGACGCCCAUGGAACCGCAGGAUGAGAUCAGAGGCGCACAACAAGGACAAGAACAUCACGUUGACCGCGCAAGUUGUUCUCACUCUGUCAAAGAUCUCCGAUCUAACUGGAGGCACUCGUGAGCGCGCCAACACAGCCAAGCGGGACGCGGUGCGCUACCUGGAGACACAACUCGCUCAAGUGAAGGACCCGUACACUGUAGCCCUGACAACGUAUGCACUCUUCGAGGCGGGCUCCAGCGAAGCGCAGUACGGCUACAACCUGCUCCAUUCCUUGAAGAGAGACGCCGAGGGAGCCAUAUACUGGAGCAGCGUUGCCAUUCCUCCGCCCGUGAUCGUGAUCCAAAGCCAGCGGCCUUACCUGAUGCCCCGGCUGCCGCACCCGGAAGACUCGUCUGCCGUAGAGGCCACGGCGUACGCCUUGCAGGCCUACCUCAAGCAGGGUGGCGUCUACCAGGAUCAGAUUGUCCGCUGGCUAAACCGGAUGCGUUCCACCGAUUACGGCUUCAUCGGCACACAGGACACACUCGCAGCGCUGGAGGCCUUGACGCAGUAUUCGUUCCGAACGCAUGUCAGAGGCAUUACAGAGAUGAAAGUAACUGUGGAAUCUUCAUCCAACCCAGGAUAUCCCAGCACGUUACGCAUAUCCAAAGACGACUUGGCACGCAGAAAAGUCUUCGAUGUCCAACCGAACGUUUGGGGUCACUGUGAUGUGUUGGCUCAGGGAUCAGGCUUGUCCCUGAUACAGCUCGACGUGAGUUACAACGUCGAUCGUGACUUCUUGCUAGUGCCUCCUGCCUACGAGGCUUUUGAUCUGACAUUGGAGCCGAGGUUCUCUGGGAGGAAUAGGUCACACAUCAACAUUCGCAGUUGUGUAAGGUGGACGAUGACCAAUAUGAGUGCAGAGAGUGGAGCAGCUGUACUGGAGCUGGUCAUUCCUACGGGUUAUGCCAACUACAGGCCGGAUCUCGAUAACUACGUGAAGUCAGGCGAAGUUCCUCGACUAAGCAUGGCCAAAGUGCUUCCCAGAACAGCGGUGUUCAUGUUUGAACAUCUUACACACGAAUGGACUUGCGUCAACUUCCUCAUCCAGCGGUGGUAUCCGGUUGCUAACUCAACGCGGUACCUGAAAGCCAAGGUGUAUGAAUACAAUUCUCCAGAAAACUACAAAGAGAAAAUAUGGGAAAACUACGACCUCUACGUGCUGAGCAUCUGCGAAGUGUGUGGUUCCUACCAGUGCCCGUACUGCCCGUACUUCAGCGCUGCCAGUGUUCCCGCACUGAGCUGGACAGCGCUAAUUGUGGCAGUAGUUCUCCUGUUCCAGGAACUUUGCUGCGCUAGAAGGAACUGCUGAUGUUGAGUGUGUGAAUCUCUACAAUGCGUGCGUGUUCCGCGAGUGAUUGCCGCACUAUCGUAAGUCCUGGACUUAGUACACGCAUGGUGUACUGUGGUGAAAUUUAUUUUAAAGCAUACAUUUGUUCUGUGUGGUUCGACUAGGUGCAGCGGACGUGGGAGGUAAUGAGCGUCUUUGAAAUGGCGCCAAGCGCUAAUAAUUGAGUCCCGAGGUACUGACGUGUGGCACACUUCUCGCGCUAAAUGUGGGUGACGUGUUGGUUGUUCUAAAUGUCUGUGGCUUGACAAGUAUUGCGUUGUCGCUUGCGGUUGCGCCUGCCUACAUAAUAUGCGUUGUGUAUAUUCCAUGAAACUCGGUGCGAGACUUUCAAGUACGAAAAGCUAAACGCGUACUGCAUCUCUUGUGAAGAAAAAAUCCAGUGCCAUGUGAUAUUGACUAUAGUAGCUUAUAUGUACAAUCGGUGCAGCGAAAGAAGUUACACAUCAUUGUUUUGAAAGAUAACCGACAGCAGUGAAGUGUGUGCUGACCCAAUUAUUCGCUAUGGUGUUGUUUUUACACGUUUCAUUUAGCGCACGGCAUGGAGUAAACUUUUCAGCUAGCGUCACAGUGGCAUUUUGAGGUAGUCAUCAUUCAUAGAGUCGUCUUUAAGACUUUAACGUUUUCCAUCGUUAGAUAUCAAAUCAAGGGUGAGAUAACAUGCAACGAGCGGAGAAGUUGAGUGCGCUUUUACUGGCUGUGUAUCUUGAAGAGAAAACAGUCGGCUACAUCACGUUCCAUGGCAAAAGCAUUGUCAUAAAAGCCGUACUAUGUGCUGCUUUUUAAUUUUUUUUAGAUCACAAAUAAUGAAUGAAGGCAUACAUAGCCCAACUAUCAUGCUCACGAUAGAAGACCUUUGUGAGGUGUCCAAUAUUAGCAAUGAAGCACGGGUCCAACGAUGGUAAUGCGAGAGUUAUUCCGGCACCAAUAAUUUUGCUAAAACAAAUGUAAAAAACUGCCCAAAAGUUCCCGUAUUCGCCAUGCAGUUUGUACGCUAGCUAGCGCAAGAGCUGGCGCAUUGCGGUAGUGAAUAUAGCAUUAACGGAGGUUUUGGAAAAGAAGUGGUUCUCACGAACGAAGAGCUGCGUGAAUUCGGGCACACAAAUCAAUCGCCAAAUUGAGGUACGGAGAACUGUAGCAGCUCACGUCAAGCGUCGUACUUCGUGGCUUUGUGGCAAUGCAGUAACACCUGAUAAUGCGACAAUUGUGCGUUGACAUUACCUGCCGAUUUUAGGCCACACGCACUGCCGUCCUGGUUUACAAAACCGCUCGCUUGCAGCAGGUGUUCGCCAGAGUAGACUCCGUUCACUUACUAUGGGUCUAUGCUGUUUGCUAUUACUAUUAGCAAAGGCAGUGUGCCAGUGGCAAACAGUUCUUAUGGCCGAAAAUAAUUUGCGACUCUUGUUUCACGGCCCGUAUCCACACACACGCGCGCGCGCACACACACACACACACACACACACACAAAAAAAAAAAGUUUACGCUAGUAUUGUUCUUGAGAAAUAAUUUCAGCCAAUCCUGACGAUGAAGAUAUUAGCAAAGGCGGUCAGCCAUUGUAAAGAACACUUACGAAUGAAAAGCUUUGCGAAUUCGGCCUCAGAUUCACACGACCACAUUGUGGCGUGAAGGAAGGCAGACAAUGACAAUGAAUGGGCCAACAGCGUGCACGGGCUCAUUUCACCAUUACGAAAUAAUCUACGGCCUUGAAAUUUUCUUUUACUUGACAAAAGAUGGCGUAAUCCGCAAAGCGCAAUGAUGAUGAUGCACAUAACAUCUAUAAUGUUAUUUGUAUUCAUUUGCAGCGUGCGCUGUGCCAGGAGACGAGAGUGAAGUUGCUCAUUUGUGCGGCUGCCAUUGCUCGCAAAACGGCGUUGAGAACAUUCAUUGCUUCCGAACUAGUGUUUGACACUUUUCUGCAAAAUGUAACCGAGUAACACAAAAAAGCCUUUGUGGGUACAUUCGAUACAUUCGAAGGAUUGCGCUGAUUAACUGAUGGCUAGCGAGCGCCAGGUUGUACGGGUCAUGCAAGUAGCUACUGGUGCUUACGCUCAGGGACACCAGAGCGUAGACAUUCCGGCUGCAAAUGAGCGUGUAACGAACACAUAUCACGUACGAACGUCAUACUGAACAGCCUAAGGCAAUCGAAGUAUCACUGCCGUUGAUAACCAAAUUUAAAUAGUUGGUUUCGGCAUCUGCGUUAGCAACCACCAGAAACAUUAUUUUUUGUUCAGCCUGGCCUAUCGAUUUAGGGAUUUAAAGUAAGCAAACUAAGAUUACUUCUGAUGAAAAUUUAAGGUUGUAUUUGCACUUCAUUAGCCUCCAUUACGCGGAAAGACUGUGAUGCUUUUGUCGAAUACUUAGGUAGGAAUAUUUUGAAGAAAUACAGGGUUCCUAAUAUGUAAGGUAUUUUAAAUGGACAAAAGACUAUCUAUAUUUUUUUUGCAAUUUCAGCAAUGUUUUGCCUGAAAUGUCUUCAAAAUCGACUUGCUUAAACGUAACAGUGCUAAGAGCAGUUACAGACGUGAUUGCAGCUAGAGCACAAGCCACUUACUACAGGUGCUCGAAAUAUUUAAGUACAUGCAACGCCGAUGCGCACUUUUUAGACUAUCUUUAUUAAAAUAGCAACAACAACAAAAAACGCGUAGUGUUUCGAAGCAUACUACUACUUUAUACAAAGCAAUAUACAGACGAACCCAGAGCACAACGUGAGCUGAUCAUACUCGACCAGUACAACGUAAUAAUUAAAACGUGUCACACUACGGCAUCACUCUCAGUUUGUGAUCGAGCCUCGGACCAGGAUAUUUAGUGCGACGAAAGAAAUAAAGACGCGGUGAUAUCGUGAAUAGCAUGGUGGGUCAGUUGAUUGAUGUAUAUACCCCGUCGCUGUGCGUAAAUAUUCACUGUCGAAUGUACGAAGCAGCUGUCCUGGCCGGUUCCUGAGCCAUAUCGCUCGCUGCCUAUUGUGAGUGACGGGCGCCGGCUAAAUACCAAUCGAUCUCGCGAACUGCCAUCUUCGUGAAAUGUGCCCUAGGUUCUCAGCUGCUUCGUUGGGUUGCAUAUUCCUGUUACCACUGAGGUCGUAGCUGUCACUUAGCAGUAGGCACCACUAUUCGCUGUUUCCUUUAUCCACCCAGACUACUAAAUGUGCAAGUUCUUUUGCAUUCAUAUACAAAUAGCUUUAUGCACUACAUCCAUAAAGCCUCUAGUUUUACAAGCCGUCAUUACAGAGAACGUAGUAAAUGUUUUUUAUAUAUAUGGUGUAAAAGAAAAAGCAAUGACCAGGGGCCUUGUCUGAUAUGGUGCCAAUUCUUUGUCACAAUAAUGCACUAGUAGAUAAACAUCAAUGGUGCGUUUGCUGCUACGUGAAAUGCGACCGCAUCGUAAAGGUCACUCACGAGCCCAAAAUAUUACAGGUUGAACCUGCGUGUGCUUGGCAAUCCAGAAAAUGAAUUUUGUGCAAUUUAUGUGCCUUGACUCGAAACUAUUAUUUGUUGUUAUUGUUUGGUCCGGUGACUUUUUGUGAAUGUUGUAUUACAUUUGUUGAGUGAAAUCAGUUACUCUGAUACGAAAGUGUACAAAUAUUUGGAGUUGCUGUUCGCAAUGACUACUACUGAGUGGGUUGAAAAGAUACACGCAUAAGUCAGUCAAAUGCAGUAGUAAAACGCUUUUUUUUUUUUCAAUGGGAUGAUUUUUUGCUGUUUAAUGGAGACUUCCUGCUCGAAAAAGAAAGAACUCGUAUCGAUCUUUCGGCUCUCAUUCAAAUUUUAUGUAGUGAGUCGGUUCGUUAGCUUAUGGUCAAGGAAACAGCUGUAUUUAGGAUUCCUUGAAGCACCAUCGAUGCAAGGUUCACAGAUCAACAUUUCAUAAAUUCUUCAAAAAUGUCUUAUAACAUUGGCAGGGACGCAGUCAGUUUCUUUCUUUGUACAAGCUUUAGUGCAUAGAGGUGUCGAUGGAAUACAUUUGAAAACAUCAGUGUGCGUUAUUAUUGCGAAACGAUUCCAAUGCUAGAUGUCACUAUUGAAAUGCGUAACAGUGGUAACCCAAUCUGACAAAAAUGAGGUUUUAUGAAACAUUACUUCGCAAGUGGACAAUUUGGUACAAACUCCUUCACUGACCAUGCAUUCGUCCUUCUUUUGCGCUUAAAGCAGACUUACAAACCCAACAGAAAUAGAAACCGUCACUUCAUUUACCCCCCUCCCCUCAGUAUUUCGUUGCGUAGGAAGCUUUCAGAUAUUUGCACACUCCCGACUGUUUGCGUUUGUGCACAAAUCGUGCAGUGUAAAGAGGAAUGUAUGCUGGUGUAUGGUGUUUCCCUUUUCUUAUUUCUACGACCAUCUGUCGGGGUGAGUGCUGUCUUGAACACGGUUGAUGUUUUGCGCAGGUUGCACAGUCACUACAGUUUUGUCAUGCAGCAUUACAUCAUAUUAUCGUUGCUUAGAGCGAAAGAGAGCGAGUCGUAGAGAUUGUUGUUCAUACGACGUCUUAAACGGCGCGCCAUUACUUAACGCGUGUUAAAACGUUACAUAACCUUCGUCUAAAGCUCAUACCAGAAAAAGUUACUUCCGAGUGCCCAAAGAUACAAAUGUAAAUGGCAUGAAGCCUCUUGAUAAGGUGAACACAGAAGAGCGGGUCAUUAAGCACCAGACCAAGUCACACGUCCCAACUCCCUUAAGUCUGCAAACUGCGAAAGUUGUGCCUGUCCAGUCAACAUUGAACUUUACUCUCUCAAUCACAAAAUUUCUUCUUUUGGCGGCCUCAAGAUAAGCUUUCAUUCGCUGGCGCGAGCGUUGAAGCCGGUAUUGAGCUGGAACGAUGAAGGGAGUAGGUUCUCUCGAGAAAAAAGAUCACACGUGCACAACAUAUACUGCCUGAACUGCGGUUUUAUUUGAGUAGUUACGCGUAGUGUUAUACUCUGGUAUUAGUCAAAGGACACAAACUGACAUUUGUGCGUUGCCCAUGUUCACUGCAUGUGCAGCUGAGAACCUCAUUUGCCUCCGGAUUAUGCAUCUCACCAAGAAACAAUCACUGCCACAGCUGCACCAUGAAAUGAAUGCGUUGUUUGCUACCAAGUGUGUCUGAGAAAUACAACUUGCGAGUCUUCGUAUCGCGGCACAUUCGUUCUCGUUGCUACGUGUAUGCAUGUUUGCAUUCUUAAAAUGGUCAGCUACAGGGGAAGUAUACGGUGUAACGGAUGUACGAGCACCUGAUUUCGAGGGUUUGCAUCUUCUUCCGGCACCUGUAGGCCGGCAUCGCGUGUAGAAGCUUUGCACAAAUGAUGUAUGAUGUACAGACGCAAUACAACAAGAGUUUUUUAUUCUGCAA